CAGCACAGAAUCCCGGAUGUUGACAAACAGCCGUCUUCUUCUGUUGAGACUGACAGACAGCUUUCUGCUUCAUCUGACCGGUUUGAAGCAACAGAAACGGCUGCUCUGAUUAUCAUGGAGUAUGAUCUAGAACUCAUAAUGGUCAUGAAGUGAGGUGUUCUGGUGUCUCACAGCUGCCAUGGGCCGGAUCUUCCUGGAUCACGUGGGAGGGACGCGUCUGUUCUCCUGCGCUAACUGUGACUCGAUCCUGACCAACCGCUCCGAGCUGAUCUCCACACGCUUCAGCGGCGCCACCGGACGAGCCUUCCUCUUCAACAAGGUGGUGAACCUGCAGUACAGCGAGGUGCAGGACCGCGUGAUGCUGACCGGCAGACACAUGGUGCGAGACGUCAGCUGUAAGAGCUGCAGCAGCAAGCUGGGCUGGGUCUACGAGUUCGCCAGCGAGGACAGCCAGCGCUACAAGGAGGGCCGUGUGAUCCUGGAGCGAGCGCUGGUGCGUGAGAGAGAGGGCUUCGAGGAGCACGUCCCGUCAGACGCCUCCUGAGCCUCAGACCAGAGCCAGCGCAGGCCUGUUACACUCUACCACACACUUCUGAAGGAAAACAUACAAACUUUAACUCCUGGAUCUGAUGCAGGAAGACAUCUGAAUGCUCCUCGAAGGUUUUGCACUUCACUUGAUGCUUAAAGUCUUUAGUAAAGAAGAUUUCCUUUUCUUCUUCAGUUAAUGUAUUCUUUGAAAUUAUUUGAUCUCAAUAAAAGUUAGAUUUAUCUUAAUGCUUUUAGUAGUGUU